CUCGAGCCUCGGUCGGCGUUCCAUCCCGGCCCGUGCUGCUCGUCGGUCCCUUUCGCUCGCUUCAUCUGUUCGUCGUUGGUUCGGUGGCUCGCUCAUUCGCCACACCUCCCUCCUCCUCCUGCUCCUCGUCCUCCAGCCGAGCCCCGAGGCCUGACUACUUCGUGACAGAGACCGAUCGCCCUUCAUUCUCAGUUUUCUUAGAUAGUGCUCGGCUCCUGCUGCCUGCCUGCUCGCUGCUCGCCCGCUCGCUCUCGCGCUUUUGUUGGCUUCGAUCAUCAUAAUUAUCAUCGGUAGAAUUGGCCUGCAACAAUUCCAUCGCAUCAUCGCUGGUGCAGUGCAGUUUCGGUGCAUCGCUGAUUCACGGCUGCUCGGUUCGGUGCUUUCGCUUCUUCUUGCACGUCUUAUUGACGUUCCUUGGUGUUGGUUCUUCGCCGUCUAUUGAUUGUGAAGAAUUGGGAGGGCAAUUGAGAAGUACUUGAAGGACGACGACCUUCGGACGACAGGUGGUCGGUUGCUGGUUGGUUGUUCGGUUGUGAGAAGGGAAGAGACGCGUGCGCUUGUUCAGGGAGCGGAGGAGUAAAACGUCGAGCGAAGAAGAAAGUAGUAGCAGCGGCAAGAUGACGGGGAAGAGGAGUUCGUUCAAGAAGGAGCAUCCGCUGGAGAAGAGACAGGCCGAGGCGUCGAGAAUUCGUAACAAGUAUCCCGACAGAAUUCCCGUUAUUGUGGAGAGGGCUGAGAAGAGCGACAUCCCGGACAUUGACAAGAAGAAGUACUUGGUGCCGGCCGACUUGACCGUGGGGCAGUUCGUGUUUGUGAUUCGUAAGAGGAUCAAGCUAAGCGCGGAAAAGGCUAUCUUCAUCUUCGUGCGGAAUGUUCUUCCGCCUACGGCCGCCAUGAUGUCUGCUAUAUACGAUGAACAUAAGGAUGACGAUGGCUUCCUAUACUUGACAUACAGUGGGGAGAACACGUUCGGUGAUUUGAACUCACAGUUGAUGGCAUGCAAUUGCCUUCCUCUGGUUUAGAUAAUCCGUUCGCUAGAUGCGAAAAGGAAACUCACAGGAGACCAAAGAAUGUGCGAUGCAAUUGGGCUGAUUUUUUGUAUAUAGAUCGUGCCGUCUCCUUUCUGUACAUAGGUCAUGUCCAUGGCUCUUCUUCUCAAGCAAGGUUCUCUUCAUUUAAAUAGCCCUUUUGUUGUUGAUCAGCAUCUCUUCCAGGAUGGCUCAUCAGCUUCUCAAUUUGAGCCCGAUUAGGCCUUGCGAAACUCUUAUUUCUUUUCCAUAGUUUGUAUAUUUUUUGAAGUGGCUAGUUUACCUGUCCCGAUUUCAAAACUAUCGUUUUGGUUUUUGGCCAUAUAACUUCAGGACAAGAUUCUGUUUACAAUUGUGAAGUAAGGUUAUCUGCACUUCUACAUCAACUGGCUGUUUCCAGUUGGUAGUGUCGUACCUUGAUGAAGUAAGGCGCUCAUUUCUUGAAUUGCCUUGCAUGCUUGGCCUUCCAAUGGAUACACGUCUGCCUCAUGUAUAUGCCCUCUAUCCUUGAAGGCGAGGAAUCGGUGCCUGCUUUGAGGGAUGCAGUCGAUUUGUAGAUUGUCCUGGUUUACAAUACACAAUUGUAUAAAGGUAAUUUGAUCAUACCUUGGCCGCUGAUUGUGGCGGGUUGCAUCGAAAUUCUGGAAGCAUUCAAUUCAUCUCUGCUGUUCCAAU